AAGAGCGACGAGUAGUCAGCGUCAAUCCAGGCAGCAUCCUUCUCCGUGCCGCAGUGUGUCACAGUGUCGGGCCCUUUGUCUUUCCUGACUUCGGGACUUCCUAGCCACCCCGGAAGUGUAAAGUUGCCGUGCAGUUCGUUUUAAAUUGGCACUGUAUGUUUAGCAGUUAGCCGAUAGAAUUCUUGGUGCUCUUGGAAUAUAGCGCAUCCAGUUCUGCACACUGGAGCCUCUUUAGGAAUGAUAGUAUCGAUUGCUGAUACAUGAAAACUCCCAACCAGUUUUGCACCGUUUGACAAAUAGACGUGAAAUACGAAAAUUCGAAUUACAAAGUAAUGGAGAAAACCGAGAUGGACCAGGAGAAACUUACUAGAUCUUUCGACUUCCUCGACUGCGUCGUCUUCGUGGGGAUGCUAGGCGUCUCGGCGCUGGUCGGUGUCUACCAGGCUUACAAAUCACGAAAGAAUCCUGAUGCCGUCAGAGAAUAUCUCGUUGGUGGGCAGAACAUGUCUAUAUUUCCAAUUAGCAUGUCUCUUAUUGCAAGUUAUAUUUCGGGUAUAGCCAUCCUCGGUCUUCCAGCAGAGAUGUAUGUAUAUGGUACACAGCUGUGGAGCAUCGUAAUAGCCGAUUCCUUUGUCUCACUCACAAUGGCCGUUGUCUACUUGCCUGUUUUCUACAAACUUCAGAUCACAUCCUCGUACGAGUACUUGGAGCUAAGAUUCAAUCACACGGUGAGACUUAUGGGUUCUGUUAUAUUCAUUAUUAAAAUGCUCCUCUACAUACCUUUGGUGAUCUAUGUUCCGGCAUUAGCGUUCAAUCAAGUAACUGGCAUAAACUUGCACAUGAUUGCAUCUUUGGUCUGUGUCGUCUGCAUAUUUUAUACAACUUUGGGUGGUCUGAAAGCCGUUGUAUGGACAGACACUAUACAGACUAUCGUGAUGUUCGGCGGUGUAGUGACAGUUGCUGUUUUGGGAACAGCUAAAGUCGGCGGCAUCAGCGAAGUUUGGCGCAGGAACGUUCAGUCUGGAAGAAUCGAAUUUUUCAACAUGGAUCCAGACCCAACGGUGAGACAUACUUUUUGGACUGUUGUAAUUGGCAACUACCUCAACUGGCUAGCUUCUUGCUCGGUCAAUCAGGCAAUGGUACAGAGAUGCUUAGCAAUGCCAAACUUGAAGAAAGCCAACAUUACGAUCAUGAUCAUGGCUGUUGGUAUCAUAACGAUCGUCUCUAUGAGCUGUUAUACCGGGAUCGUUAUUUACGCAGCGUUCAGCGAGUGCGAUCCUGUCACGGCGAAGCAAAUAAGGAAACCCGAUCAACUAUUACCGUAUUUCGUAAUGGAGAUCGCAGAAAACGUGCCAGGAUUACCAGGCUUAUUCGUGUCCGGGGUGUUUAGUGCAGCGUUAAGCACCAUGUCCACUGGGUUAAAUUCCAUGUCCGGUGUCAUCUACGAGGACAUGAUAAAACCAUUGCUGAAGAAACCCAUGGGCCAAGUUGCUGCCAGUAGAAUCAUGAAACUGACUGUCGUCCUGAUUGGCGCAGUUUGCGUCGGACUUGUUUUCCUCGUUGAGAAGCUCAGUGGGCUCAUACAGGCUGGGAAAAGCUUAUCUGGCAUUACGGCUGGGCCACUACUUGGAAUCUUCACCCUUGGCAUGUUUUUCCCGUAUGCAAACUCCGCGGGUGCUCUCGUAGGCGGCCUUCUCAGCGUGAACCUGGUAGCCUGGAUAUCACUUGGCACUCAAGCUGCUAUUUCUAACGGAAUAAUCAGAUUCCCGGUGAAACCCGUCUCGGUAGAUGGCUGUUCCGAACCCCUGAGAUCCUCAGCAGCGAACUUGACAUUGAUAGUCGAGAAUGCUGUCAAGGAGCAACCAUUCUUUUUAUAUAGAAUGUCAUAUCUUUGGUAUACGUGGGUCGGAUUCCUCACCGCAAUUGUCGUUGGACUUGUCGUGUCCUGGAUAACGGGACCGAAUAAAUAUAAACCAGAAGAUAAGAAAUUGUAUACACCAGUUAUACACAAAAUGCUGGACCUUCGCACUUUUAAAAAAUCGAAUAGCACGGAACUGCACAAGAUAGAGCCGGAAGUCGGUGCGAAUCUAUAUUCGCCUCGAAAUUCAUGAAAAGUUAAAUAAAUCCAUGUAAAAGAGUUAAA